UUUAAUUUCCUUGGCGCGGCACAUCCCCUAAUGCCGCUAUCUCUGGUCCCUGCCACAUUUUGGGGUUGGAGUUGCCAGUUGGUCGCCGGGGUGCAGUUGGUCGCAGCUCAGUCGUGGCGAUCGCCAGGUGAACGAAGGUUGUGUCGCGCAGGAGCGAGUUGGAAUACCCAAGCAGAUUGCAGUUAAAAUUUAGGAGAUCAUCCACUAACCAUGUCGGGCAAACUGAUCAUGAAGCGCAAGCGAGCCAGUCAGGAGGAACAGCAGCAUCAGCAGCAGGCACAGGAGCAGCGUGUCCAGCCGCAGGAGCAGCCACAGGAGCAGCAACCGAAUGAUGCAGUUCCGGAGAAGCGCCAUCGUCCUCUUACACCACCAGCAGAAGAGCCAUCCCCGCCAGAUGCCCCCAAUCGAAUCCUCUUGGAAGCGCUGCAAAAGAUAAUGGAGCUGCAGGCGGAACUGGAUGCCUUUGAGCAGGAUCUAGACGAUCGGGAUGGCUAUGCGGCUGACGGAGCUGGAGCUGAAGCUGAAGCUGAGGACGCCGAGGAAAGUGAAGAGGAUGCCGAGGUGGCUGCCCAGUUUGCGCCACCGACGCCAGCCGAAAGGACACAGGCGGAGGCACUGGGCUUCGCCAUGUGCGCCAGGGAAACACUGCUGUUCCUCCAGAGUGAGGGAGUACCCACGGAGUCGCCGCUCUAUCAGACUCUCCUCGGGAAAUUGGUUGGUCAAAGCGAUGGACUGCUGCACGCCUAA